AAAAACAGCAUUAACUAGUAUCAGACAACGGCGGCACAGUGGUUAACACCCUAGUACUAAUAUCUAAGUACUAACUAAGUACUAUAAAAGCGAGAGGAACGUUACAAAGUUAAGCAAAGUUACAUCGAUAAAGGAGAAAAAAUCAUUUUUUUUCGUCUCAACCAGUAACUGAAACAGAGAACCAUGGCAUAUUAUUUGAUAAUAACAUGCGCUGUCGUUGCAGUAUUUCUAGCUUAUUAUUAUUAUACAUUAGUAUUUAAUUUCUGGAAGAAGCGCAAAAUCUCAGGACCAACACCGGUAUUCUUCUUUGGAAACGUCAUAGACAUCAUGUUUUCAGGAAUAGCUUUGCCACAAUAUAUUAAAAGCCUCUACGAAACCUAUACGGGUAGUAUGAUUGGGUUAUACAUGAGAUCAACACCUGUAUUAGUUUUAAAAGAUCCGGAAAUAAUCAAGGAUGUUCUCAUCAAAGACUUCUCGAAAUUCACUGACCGAGGAUUUAACGUCCAUGAAAGGGUUGAACCAUUAUCGCAGCAUUUGUUCAACUUGGAAGCUAAAAGAUGGCGUCCAUUGAGAUCGAAGCUGACUGUGUUCGCAUCUAGCAAAUUGAAAAAUAUGUUCAAUCUGAUCAUUGAAUGCGCAAACUAUUUCGAAAAAUAUCUGGAUAAAAUAGUUGCGCGGGGAGAGCCUGUCGAUUUUCGUGAGAUUACAGCAAAAUUUACAACGGACGUGAUAGGAUCAUGUGCCUUUGGGAUCAACAUGGGUGCACUGUCAGACGAAGAGUGCGAAUUUCGUAAAAUCGGCAAACAAAUUUUUGAACCAUCUUUGGAGGCGAUAAUACGAAUGAAAUUCAAACUGAUGAUGCCGAAACUGUACGACUUGUUGGGUUACAUCGUGCCCGACAGAAGACUUGCUCCGUUCCUAACCAAGGUCGUCACAGAUACUAUGAAAUACAGAAAAGAGAACAACGUGUAUAGACCUGACUUUAUACAUACGCUUAUGCAACUUAAGGAAGACCCAGAAAAGUUACACGAUCUUGAAUUAACAGACUCUUUGAUAACCGCGCAAGCUUACGUUUUCUUUGCUGCUGGUUUUGAAACUGGCUCGACGACAAUGAGCAAUGCACUUUACGAACUCGCGCUGAAUCCCAAAAUUCAAGAGAAGUUACGCGAAGAAAUCAACGAACAUUAUGAGAAACACAACGGAGAGUUAAAUUACGAGCAUAUUAAAGAUAUGGAAUACUUGGACAAAGUAUUUAAAGAAACAUUAAGGAUGUAUCCACCAGGAACUCUGAUACCAAGAAAAUCAAAUUCUGAAUAUAUCUUCCGAGAUCCACAAAUCAGUAUACCAAAGGGUGUGAUGAUAUGGAUUCCCGUAUACGCGAUUCAUCGUGAUCCCGAAAUUUAUCCGAAUCCUGAUGUUUUUAAUCCCGAAAAUUUCACCCCUGAUGCCAUUCAUGCUCGACAUCCGAUGCAUUAUUUACCAUUCGGCAAUGGACCAAGAAAUUGUAUUGGUGAACGUUUUGCUGUUUAUCAAACCAAAAUAGGUAUAAUCACGAUUCUUCGCAAGUAUAAAGUGGACGUUUGCGAGAAAACUAUGAUUCCUUAUCAAUUUGACCCGAGUGCAUUUCUCCUAGCUCCAAAAGGAGGGAUCUGUUUGAAGAUAACAAAAAUAUAAACGUAAUUCAAAAUUAUGAUGGCUUUUUAACAUAUAUCGAUUGUAAUCGUCCAAUUAAAAUCGACGUCCAGUGCGCUUUCUAAGAAAGCAAUUUAUAGUACAUUAUAUAUUAAUUUAUGCUUUAUAUUUAUAUUUUAUAUAGUUACAUUUUAUAAUUUUACAUAUUUAUAUUUUAAUAAUAAAUAAGC